GUUUAGGAAGAUGACACCGAUUGUUAUCAGUUCAUCGCCAACGUUGGGGAUCGGCCAUCAACAUUUCCUUUGACUGAUUGAUGAGAUAUUCCGGGUUUGAAAACAAAAUUAAUGUUCACAGGAGAUGUUUACCUCAACCUUCCCACCGGCCUCCGCGAAGAACUUGCGUCAAUGAGAAACCAGACGACAACAAACGACCAAAAACUCACCGUGACUCUCUCGUUGCGGCUGGACCUCAAAAUGGCGCAAUUGAAUGUUUCCAGCACUGUUGAAUCUGGCAUGAUAGCUAGUCCAGAAUUGAUGAAUGUGACAGACUACACCGAUUCCUUGAAAGUUUCAGCACACAUCCCUUCUCUUCCAACACUCUCGGAUGACCUGGUGUUUCAAACCGGCAUAACCAUCGCUUUUCUCGUCGCCUAUGGUAUUGUCAUGGUGCCCGCCAUUCUGGGCAACCUCUUCAUUAUUUUUGCCGUGGUGUGCUACCGGGAGCUCCGCUCCCAGCACUCCAACAUCUACAACAUCAACUUGGCCGUCUGCGACCUGAUGGUGGUGGUAGCGGAAUGCCCGCUCUUCAUAGUCCAGUUCCUGAUCCGGGGCGAGACCGCGGCUGCCUUCUUCACGAACGCCGUGUGCCAUCUGACCUUCUUUGUGAGCGGUUUCUUCGGCACCUGUUGCAUCCUGACCAUGUUGGCAAUUGGGGUGGAGCGCUACUGCGCCGUUAUGCACCCCUUGCAGAUGAUCGGAGAGAAUAAAUCCACCAGGGCGAGGGGUGUUAUCUUCUUCUUCUGGUCAUUCAGCAUCUUGACCCAUCUCGGACAGAUGGCGAUCUUUGGCGAGGUGAAGGUAUUUCACUACAUCAACAGCGCCGGUGAAAGCUUUAAUGUAACCAUCUGCAUGAGUUCUCGCCCGGAGAAGAAGCAGGUCUUCGCUCACAUCUACGCCAGCACCAUCUUCAUCCUUGUUUACGGCUCCACGUUCCUCACCACUUUGUUCCUGUACCUUCGAAUCCUCCGGCAUCUCAUCAAACGGAAGCACAUCAGCCCAGACCAGCUACUAAAAACAGGCGACGCCCCGCCCACUCGAAGAGGAGACAAGACGAAGGGGAACAGCGUGGCACCCAAGGCGUGCACCGAGGCAGUCCAGAAGACUUUCCGAAUGCUGACUUGCUCCGUGCUGUCCUAUCUCAUCUGUUACUCGCUGUACUUCUACAUAAAUCUCUACUACAUUUAUUACGGUUUGUCUGAGUGGAACGGCGUGACACUGAUCUUGCUUGGGAAUUGGUUCGGUGCGCUGAACUCUCUCAUCAACCCGAUCGUAUACGUCGUGUUUGUGGGUCGGUUCUGGAACGUCGUCAAGGCAUCUUUGACGAGGAGGUCCUCCGCUUUAAGCCACCCAACAAGGGUGUUGCCAGGAAGAGGUAGACGCGUCCCGAGACCAAGGCACAUGGCUGGAUCAACUCGGCAGUCCCCACGGAUUGCAACCAUCGACGGACUCAACGCGGAACUCGGCCGCUUGUAGGUUUUAUGAA